AUGGAGUCGACGGGGUUCCUCGUUGGUCUGCACUUCAUUAACACAAGCCAUCCGCAGGACGCGACCACUUCAGAUACCCUACGUCAGAUACGAUCGCACGCAGCCAAAGACACGCGUUCUCGCGCGCGUAGAUCAAUCAAAAACCCGGUCUCCGGUCCCCGAAGGAAAAUCAGGCCCCGUACAAAGAUAGAUGAGAGCACGCAUGACAAACAAGGCCUCAACGAACAAGCAUGCCUUGCUCCUAAAAUCGAUAGGGAUAAAGAGUCUAUUGACUCAAACGCAAUUGAUCUCCCUACCAUAGAGUCCUACGACCCAUAUCAGUCUGCAAGACUUUCCCGUGUCGCGGCAUGCUGGGGUUCAGUCCGGGCCUUUUCCGAUAUUGAGUACUUCUUGUUUGAUCACUACGUCAGCUUUUUUAUCCCUUUUAUUAUGGGCAGCUGUCACAGGAAGAAGAACUCAAACCUCGUCGCCAUGCAGAUGAACCACUGGGUUCCCUUUGCUAUGACAGACGUGGGUCUUCUUGCCGCCAUGUUCUUACAAUCUUGCCGCAGCCUUGCAUCAUUAGCUACAACAAGGGCUUAUGAGGAUCUGUCGACUGGGUAUCGACUUCAAUGCAUCCGGUCCACAAACGCCUCCUUAUCCAAAGCAGUCACACAGACCAGCGAUGCGACCAUCAGUAAAGUAAUGAUAUUAGCAUCCGAGGAGAUUGAGCGUGGUAAUUUCGACGGGUGGAACACGCACUUUGUUGCCAUCUCGCGUAUGGUUACUAUGAGGGGAGGGGUUGAUAACCUCGGAGUCGGUGGUCUUAUGAAGGAGAUCCUGGUCAACAAACCGUAUUGUUUCGGAUUUUCGGAUGAAGUUAGCGAGCUAGAGACCGAGACGCCAAGUCUGUGUAUAUGA